AUAACUGACUUUUUAUAAAGUCUGGGUCUGAACUUCAACAAGAACACCACCGUGAAGAACAGCAAUGGCAAAGAGAAGCCUCACUCUCCGUCCCAAUCUCACACUCCAACUUUCUUCUCUCUCUAGCCUUAAUAAGUUCUUCUCUUCCAUCAACCAAAAUGGUGUUCCAGAAUCCACUGACCCACAAGAACAACUCACAAAUCUUCAAACACUACUGCAACAAGGCGACACCCAAACAGCCAAGAAUCUAAUCAAAUCCCUUAUAACUUCCAACACCACCACCACCCCUUCUCAUAUCUACACUCACUACCCCGAAAAGUCCCAUCUUUUUUCAAGCUUGAUGUUAUCAGUUUGUGCUGAAGCAAACUUCCCAAACGAAGGUAUUGAUCUCUACAUGUUAAUCAGAAAAGAUGGCUUUUUUCCUUCAAUUGCGUCGUUUAAUUUGCUACUUGAAUGUUUGGUUUCUGGUGGGCAGUAUAGUAGAGUGUUGGGUUUGUUUGAUCAUGCUGUUGGUUCGGGUUUUAGGGUUGAUAAGUUUACGUUUGGGAAGGCUGUACAGUCAGCUGUUAAGAUGGGGGAUGUGAGAAGGGGUGUUGAAUUGAUGGAGUACAUGAGGGGAAAUGGUAGGAUGGGUGUUAGUAAGUUUGUGUAUAAUGUUUUGAUUGGUGGGUUGUGUAAAGAGAAGAGGUUGGUGGAUGCACGGAAGCUGUUCGAUGAAAUGCUUGAGACGGGUGUGGCGGCUGAUAAGGUCACGUUUAAUACGAUGAUUGAUGGGUAUUGUAAAGUGGGCGAUGUGGAUGAAGCGUUUAGGAUUCGGGAGAAGAUGAAGGUUCGUAAUGUGGAGGCGAAUGUUGUUACGUUUAAUACGUUGCUUAACGGGCUUUGUAGAGGGAAGAGGAUGGAUGAGGCGAAGAAAGUGUGGGAUGAUAUGAAAGCCCACGGGUUUGUUCCGGAUGGGUUUACUUAUAGUUUUAUGUUUGACGGGUUUUCGAGGUCUGGUGAUUUGAACGCCCUAGUGUCGUUGUACGAACAGGUGGAUAAAGAUGGUAUACGUAUUAACGCGUACACGUGCGGCAUUUUGUUAAACGGGUUAUGCAAAGGAGGGAAAACCAACAAGGCUGAGGAGAUUUUGGUAAAAUUACUUGAAACGGGGCUUGUUCCGACCGAGGUAAUAUUCAAUACGAUUGUUGACGGUCACUGCAGGGAAGGUAAUAUAGAAACUGCCCUUUUAACGGUCGAAAGAAUGAAGUCGUACGGGUUAAAGCCAAGCUGUGUCACCGUCAAUCCAGUGAUCAACCAGUAUUGUCAAUCUGGUAAUCUGAUUGAGGCGGAAAAAUGGAUAAAAAUGAUGCCGGAAAUGGGCGUUUCUCCCGAUGUGACGACAUACAACAUACUGCUUGAUGGCUUCGGUCGGAAUUUACAAUUCGACAAGUGUUUUCAACUCCUCGAAGAAAUGGAAACUAACGGGUUAAUCCCGAAUGCGAUAAGUUACGGUUCUCUCGUGAACCAUUUAUGCAAAGACGGAAGGCUUCUCGAAGCACAAGUGGUUUUCACCGACAUGACAAGUAGAGGCGUUUUACCGAAUACAAGAAUAUAUAAUAUGCUGAUUAACGGUUACUGUAACCAGGGAAAUAUACAAGACGCGUUCAAGCUUUUAGAUAAAAUGUCGAGCGAUAAUGUAGUUCCGACAUUGUAUACGUACAAUACGUUGAUAAACGGUCUCUGCAAAAAGGGUAUGGUUGAGGAAGCCGAAGAACUUGCUUCAAAUAUAGAAAAUAACAAUCUCAAACGUGACGGAGUAACAUAUAAUUCGCUAAUAUCUGGCUAUUCUAUGAAGGGGAACAGCGAAAAGUGUUUAGAGUUAUACGAGAAGAUGAAAGCAUCCGGAAUAAAACCUACAAUCAACACGUAUCAUCCGCUAAUUACCGGAUGCAAAAAAGAGGGUUUAACGCUCGUAGAGAAACUCGUCGGUGAAAUGUCGCAGAUGAACUUAAAUCUCGACCGGCUGCUAUAUAACGAACUCAUUCAUUUUUACGCAGAGCUCGGUUUUGUUGAGAAAACGUGUUCGUUAUACCAUGAGAUGGUUAACAACGGAGUUCUUCCCGAUAGGAUGGCGUACAAUAGUUUGAUCAGAGCGUAUUUGAAGGAGCGAAAGAUUCAUGAAUCGAAGGAUAUCGUUGAUCAAAUGAAGGCGUCUGGAUUAGUUCCGAAAGCUGAUACUUAUGACACGAUGAUUAAGGGUCUGUGUGAUAUUAAGAUGUUUAGUGAAGGGUAUUUCUGGUACCGGGAAAUGGUUGCGAACGGGUUUUUUCCGAGUGUAAGCGUUGCUCGUGAGCUUCUUACAGGUCUCAAAGAGGAUGGAAAGUUACAAGAGGUUCAAGUAAUGUACUCUGAAAUGAACGUUCACCGGACCUAGAACUUUCUAUAAAAUUGGGGGGUCGAAAACGUAUAUAUCCAAAAAUUUAUAUACGAAAACUACAUACUCUCCACUACUGUGCGAAAAGUUUGGGGGGUCGGCCGCCCCCUCCCGCCCCUUAAAAGCUUCGCCCAUGGCUGCAAGGUUCCUUUUUUUGGAAAAAAAGUUAUAAUCUUAUAAAUUUGUUAUCUGUUACACAAUGUUGUUCUCACUUGUAAUUUUCAUUAUCGGAUUCAUCGAUUGUCUUUUCCAUCGAUGAAAAAGGAAUAAUGGAUCUUGUGAAAUUCUAUCUUCUAUGAAUGUAUACUUGUACAUGAUGAAAUGGUUCCGGUCAAUGGAGAUCGGUUGCCCUAAAUGCUUUCCUAUGAUCGUAAAUGAGAUAUUGCACGGAUUUUGGAAUCACGAAGUUGAACGAGGGUGUCGGGGUUUAGGAAGUUGAUUGAUUUCUGAUCAGGCGGUUCAUGGUUUUACAGCCGUCUCCUAACUUCGACCGCCCUUGGCGGCGAACAUGCUCCGAACACCUCUUUGUCCAUCACAAUCUCUCCGAGUAUCUCCUAAUCAGGCUUACUUCAUGUUAAUCAAGUAUGAAGGCCAAUAUCAAUAAAUGAAGAGUUCCUGUGUGAAGCUCAUGUUGAUUAGCUGUCUUGUUUUACAGAUAGUUAAGAAGGCAAUCGAUGAGAAGACAUGCAAUGCUCUUCAUCUUAAGGAUCACCAAGAGUUUUGAAGCUGUGAAAAUGUCGAUGGUUAGUCAACUCAGGACCCGUUCUAAAAAAUUCACGUCAGGAGCCGUUCUAAAAACAAGCGACGUCAGUUUCACUCAAGCCUUCACCAUAAAAGAAUGGUGGAAUACCAAAAGCACUCUCUCUCUCUCACUCUACUCUCUGUCUUCUGUAUCACCACCAGCCUUGUUCAGCCGUCCUUGCUCAGACAACAACGACGAUGAAGCCAUCGUUUGCAGGAAGCGGCGACGGCUCUGGUGGGUAUUGUGUUCAUAGCCACGACCUCUGGUGAACGGAUCUACUGUUGCAUGCAGUUUUGUUGACCCGAUUUGUCUGCCCGGAAAACAUAAGGGUUAGAUGUAGCCAGGGGCGGAUUUAUGUAGAAAGAACGGGUUCCCGGGAACCCAUUCGGUUUUUAAUUUUUAGUGUAAAUAUAUAUAAGAAACUGAAAAGGAACCCAUAAGUAAAUUAUAAAGGGAACCCAUAAACAAAAGAAGCCUUGGUUCCACUGGUUAUGUCCGCGCAUUUCCACCUGAUACACCCGAGUUCGAAUCCCGGUUCAACUACUUUUUGUUCCGUUUUUUUUAUUUCUCUUUUAAUUAUUUUUUUUAAUGCAAUAAAACCCAUUUAGGGUUAUGUCAGCAAACAUACGCCGCACAACACAACAACAUCAGCAGCUGCAGCUCCACCUCUGACCUCUCCGCCGAUUGCUCCCGUCGCCUGCCGCCGCUCCGCCUGCCGCUCCGCUCCGCCGCUUCGCCUGCCGCUCCGCCUGUUGCGAUUGAAUGAUUGAUUAAGGGUUUUUAAGUCUGGACGGGUGCCCCAUGAUCAACCAUACGAUGAAUUUUCGGGUGAUGUUGAGAAGGUUUAUAGGAUUUUAAGGAAGUUUCACACGCGGAUUCCGAAAUUGGAACUUGCUUUGCAACAAUCCGGUGUUGUGGUCCGCUCAGGGUUGACAUAACUCGUGUUUAAGGCUGUUCAUUUUUAUCUAAAACCCGAAACCCGACCCGAAUUCAAAGCCACCCGAACCCGAAUUAGCGAAUACCUGAAAAAGUGAACCCAGUGAAAAAAAUUCCUGGAUCCGCCACUGGAUGUAGCAAGAGAGGUGGUCACCAAAAUGAAAGUGGGUGGCGAUCGGUGGCGUUCACCGGAGGCGGUGGACUGUGGGCACCGGAAUCCAAGUGGUGGCCAGCGGUGUGCAUAUCAUUCUCUCUGUAGACUUGUGUGUAGGUGUUAAAGUCGUUGACAGUUCCUCACCAAAAGCUUAAAAUACGUUGAUACAAGCAAGUAGUGACAAAAGCAAGAAGUUAUAAAAGCCUGUGGCCAAAAUGUAAAAAUAACAAAGGAAACUGGCGCAAACCCAUGAUGUUAAUUGAUAUAUAUAAUAAUAUGGUCUCAACAAUUUUUCCUCA